AUUCUUUGUUUAAUUUUGGUCCAGGAAUGCUCAUUCACAAAGCUGCAGUGUGAUUCAGCACUCAAAGUCUCAUUCCAGGGAAACACGAGAGUCAAUGGCGCUGGCAACAAAUGUAAUAGGUGGUACUUCAAGUUCAAUAAUAGGGAAUGCAGUGGACCAAUGACAAUUGAGGCUGUCGUGUACAGCAAAUGGCCAUCCGGGAAACCGAAUCUGCUGCAUCACCGAUCAUUUGAGGGCUACUGUGAGAACAUUCCACGGGGAAAAAUAACAGUGGAAUUGUGGGUAGGCCAAUGUGAUGGUGGCUAUACCUUGGGUGAAGCUACUACUGGGUGGAAUUCAGUGUCCCGGAUAAUGAUUGAAGAAGUACCCAGGCCCCAGUCUUAACGAACGACUUUUAAUCCUAAUUGACUCUUAACCCUUCACUAAGGUAACGCCAGGCAAAUUUUCAAAUGAUUUAUAAAAAUGUAAGACAUGUAAGGUUGUUCAUGACGGGAUGUUUUGUUUAAUAUAAAAAUAGUAGAACUGUAGUAAAGACUUUUUUAUUGUCGUUAUUAGAAGGCUUGAAAUUUCAUUAAAUGGUGGCGAUGGCAAGGUCAAUCAGUUCGAUUGAUGGUUAUUGCCGUUCUGAUGUUUUCCCUCGUGGGGUUUAAUCAGAUGGUAGCUUUGCUCUCCGUAUUAUAUUUGUUUUGAACAUUUUAUUGCCCUGAAGUUGGUGCUAUGGUAAACCCGUGGAGUAUGAUUGCUGAGGCAUUGAAUUCAUGUUUGAACCCCUCUUUUUUCCACAGAGGCUUCAGUGGGGUAACCAGUUAAAAAUAACAAUAAUAAAUUCCCCUACCCACCGUCCCCCCCGCGCUUUCUUUUUCCCUCUCCCCAUCCUCCCCUCCCCCUAAAACACAAAAAAGCCUCUGUGGAAGAGAGAGUUUCAACCCAACAGUCCAUGCGUUCUGUAGUUUUGAUUUUCAGGGCAAAUUGUGUCAAACACUUUUACCACUUUUUUGUUUGUAGUAUGGACAAGUAAAUAUAAAUAAACCGGUCAAAACAAAAAAGAAAACAGUUUUGAUUUCCUUUAAUGCUAGACUCUCGAUUUCGUCUCGGGUUAUGUUCCAAACGUGACUAAUUUCAGUGAUCACAGGGAUCUUGCCUUUUUCCUUCUAGAGUCUUCUCCUCCGUUGUGAAAAAGCUAGAGACCUCGGUAGCAGUAACAGUAACAGUAAAGUCUUUUGAUGGCCUAAUAAUAGAAACAUAUAUGGCAGAAAUAAGAGCUUGAUUGUCUGUUAACUAUGUAGGAACAGGGGCGGAUCCAGGAUUUUUUUUAGGAGGGGGUGCACUCGUCUCUUCAGCUCUACUUCAACACCAAUAAGCCACAUAGUUUUUUUUUGCAGAAUACCAGUUGUAUUAGAAAACCGCAGGUCAUCUCAGGGGGGGGGGGGGCGCACCUUUUGCACCCUCCCCCUACAUCCGCCCCUAAGGAACGACAUAAUAUAAACGCAUCGAGGUUGCUUUGUCAUACACAUGAAAAGCCAACCUAUUCCGGUAUCUCCACACAUUUUUUGGUUCACUGUUUUAGUGCAAGCGCCUUCGUUGUGACAAAAAGCUACUACGUGUAAAGUUAUCGGGUCAGUUCAGUUUGAAAGGUCAUCUUUUCUUGGGAUUCACACGGGAAAAAUGUUGCGAAUCAGGAAGUUUUCGGGAUAUGGUAUUCAAAGUCUGUGUUAAAAAAACAGCUACUCAAAAUAAAUAAAUAGAAUACUAGUUAAGGAUACUAAUCAGCUCAAUUUUAAAGGUCAUAAUUACGUGGCUUUCCCAAGGGAAAAAUGCUGAGCAUGUACAUCGAUCUGACUUAGUAGUCAAUAAAUGAUUCAACCGUAUAACGGUUCAGCUUAAAGAAGCACUGUUGUCCGUUGUGCAAAGGAUUCGGCGGUGUAGUUCCUCGCCAUGGUGCAAUUCGUCGUUGCUUUGUUACUUUUGUGUGGAUCAGUUGGUUCCCAGAAAACCACAGCCAAACCUCAACAACUAAACAGCAGCAACGUCAAAAACUUAUGCGAGGUAUAUACUAAAUUUUAACUCAGGGACUUCUCAUAUUUUCCGAAUCGUUACCGUUUGCUGGGUGUUUUGUAUAGUUUACUUUGAAUACCAAAGAACGCCCAAAGCCCUGAAAAAAGUUUAGGGAAAUUCAGUGUGCAUUUGGGUUAGUUGAAAUUAUUUAUUAAGAAAACUAAACAACAGCAAUUUAGAUGGAUUUAAAUUGAAAUGAAAGAUUAAAAAAUCCUCCGAAAUGUGGAUUCAAGCACUUUGACGGGCGAAGGAUCAACUAUUUAAGAAAUUGUAAGCCCUAAGAAGAUUUACAUAAUUUUCUGCAAAUUAAAAUGAUUAAACUGUUAUCGAAAAUUGCAACGUCACUGUCAAUUCGAAACAAAUAUGAGAAAAAAAUGCAACUGAAGAUGAUGGAUCGAUUAAAACGAGUUUUUUUCAUAAAUCAAAUUUGUUGUCCUAUUUCUUUUUUGUGUCCAUUUAUCCAGACUAUUUAGUUCCGUGAUUUUAGUAGAAAUGACGAAUUUCAUGUUCUUUCUAGAAAUCCUCAAUGAACUAUGGUUUUCCAGGCAUUCCAGGAUCAAAUGGAAUGCCGGGAGUGCCAGGAAUGCCAGGGCCGCAAGGUCCGCAGGGAAGUGAAGGAACAAAAGGAAAGACUGGCGCUAAGGGAACGAAAGGUAUGACGGGACCAAAAGGAGAGAGAGGUCGUGAAGGGCUUCUUGGGAAGAGUGGCCGGCCAGGAAUGAUGGGAAUGAAAGGAGAGCCGGGAUCUGUUGGAGCUGCAGGAAAGAAAGGAGACAAAGGAGAGAAAGGAGAAAGCGUGAAAGGAAGUUCGGCUGGUCCUGUGCCACAAACCAACUGGAAACAGUGUGUGUGGAGAAUAAACGCCCAAACGGACAACGGCAAGAUAAAGGUAAAAGAUGAAAAGAUAAACAUUCAAAAUAUAAUCUGUCAAUGAGAUUAUGGUUUGCCUGAUUGUGUUCAUUUGGAUGGAGCAAAACAUUUCUCUUCUUUUUUGUGCAUACUGAGAUAACAAAUGUAAGUAACCUUACAUUGUGUGUAAUAAGAUGAGAUUAACUGGAGAAAAAACAGACUUGUAGCAUUUACCAACAGAAAACUGUCAUUGAAGGCAUGAAACAAUAAUCCACGCAGAUUCUAAUGUUCGUUGGCACUUGUUCUGUAAAAAUAAAUGACAAAUUAUCGAAUAAAAGGUAAAUCAGCUGUCAAAACAUGUUAUAUUCAAACACAAUAGGGCAAAGUCGUAUGACAAGUUGAGCAUGGUCAUGAGAGUGACAGCUAUGUAAAAAAUUGGAUACCGAUAAGAGAAGUACUUCAUAAUUUUUUAUUGUCGUCUUAGAGUACUUUUUUCUGAUCUACAUGUGCUUUUAACUAAUUUAAUAGCCUAGUGACAACUUCAUAGUGCUUGACUUUAUUUUAUUCCAGGAUUGCUCGUUUAACAAGCUGCUGUCUGAUACAGCACUCAAGGUCUCGUUUCAGGGAACGCUGAGAGUCUAUGGCAGUGGUGUGAAGUGUAACCGUUGGUAUUUCAAGUUCAAUAAUAAAGAAUGCAGUGGACCAAUGACAAUUGAAGCUGUCGUUUACAACAACUGGCCCUCCGGGAGCCCCAAUCUGCUCCACCACCGUUCAUUUGAGGGAUAUUGUGAGAAUAUUCCACAGGGCGCAGUUAGAGUGGAAUUAUGGGUAGGCCAGUGUUCGAGUUAUACCUUGGGUGAUGCUGUCACUGGAUGGAUUUCAGUUUCCCGGAUAAUGAUUGAAGAAGUGUCUAGGCCCCAGUCUUAA